CCACGCCCCCGCCGCCCCUCAUUCCUCGUCCUGCAUGCGCUCAACAUGGCAGGAGACUUGCAGAGGUGGGUGGGGGCGAGCUACAGAGCAGGAGAGAGAGAGAGGGAGAGAGAGUGAGGGAGGCAGGCUGCUGCUGUCAGGCAACAUUGGUGCCAUUUCCAGCAUUCGCAGGGGUUGAAGCGAUCGAGCUUCCGCCGCUUGACGCUCGGCUCGGCUCGCCACAGCCUCGCCAUCUACGCGGGAGGACGGGUGAGGGAAGGACACAAGCAGGAGGGCACGGCUCACCGCUCAUCAGGCACCCUUACCCCCUUCCCCUCUUUGCCAUCUCACCUCCCCCCUACCUGUUGUGCUGACAGACGAAGCAAGUCAUGCAGUCCUUCCGUGAGCGCACUGCUGGCGGUUACCACAACAACCAACCCUGCUACCAGCAGGAGCCCCACGAAUUAUCACGCCUGGAGACGUACCGACAACACCCGCAUCAUGCCCACACUCAACUACCCCACCCGGGCCCUGGUCCCCAUCCAAGCCCGGGCCCGGGGCCUUUGAGGGCAGCCUAUGAGGCUCGUUCACUGGUCAACACUGCAAGUAUGUCUGCAGCUACAGGAGCGGUAACAGGAGGAGCACCUAAGGACUGUUACAGCCAACAGCAAGCCUACCCUGGCUACCUGGGAAAUGGUGGAGUGAUUGGAAAUGGAGGUUCCACACCCUUACAAAUAAAGAAACCUUUCAGAGGAAGCAAAAUUCAUCCUCCAAAUUCCAGUCUACAAAGUCAUGGGAACUACAGUAACCACAUGGGCACUGGAGCCUACUCAGCUCAGUACAUGAGCGGGGGCCAACUCCAGCAGAAAUGGGAGGAGACGGCUCAGAUGACACAGUAUGAGCAAGAGAUGGUUGGGCGGAUAGAAACUGGCGGUCCCUCAGCCCCUAACACUUCACAGUACAUGGACCAGACCUUGCUUGGUCACUCCCAGGCCCAAUGUCACCAGCCCUCCAACCCAUCUUAUUCCAGCCCCCAUCACCAGCCACACACGACAAACCCUUCCCCCUCUUCGUUAAUGUACCCGCAAGGUCACCUGCACUACCCCCAACCUUCCCCCUCACCUUCAUCUUACAUAGAAAAGUGUAGCCCCAUGCCCCAUUGUUAUAAAGGCUAUACCAUGCCCCCAACCUCCCAAUAUGGUAGACAAAUAAGCAGUCACAGUAACCUGAAGCAAGCAGCCUACAGGACAUCUCAGAACAGUUACAACUACCAGCACUCAAGAGGGUAUGAGCAACAGCCCCCGAUACAACCCUUGAGCAACCCCCAGGAAGCGCACCCAAAAUACCAACACUUCAGCCAACCGCAACAAAAUUAUUGCCUUUCCGAACUCUCUGUAAGGUCCCCAGAACAGUAUUAUCAGACAUGUAGCCCCUCCUCAAGCCACUCUCCUGCACGCUCAGUAGGACGUUCCCCUUCCUACAGCUCCACCCCUUCACCAUUAAUGACCAAUCCAGAGUCAUUCCAGUACGGACAACCACCGAUGACCCCAGGGGCGGCCUCAUCAUCAUCUUCCUCUUCAACUAGCAUGCAAGAGCAAGGUGGUUCCACUGCUAUGUUGUUGCCUCCUCGCUCGCACCCUUCGCCCAAUGUUCCCCACACCACCUCCCACAGCUUCACAAACACAUUGCAGGGACCUACCAUGAAGGAGCGCUUCUCAGAGAAGUUGCUUUCAAACCCGAGCCUGUGGAGCCUGAAUGCCCUCACCUCUCAGGUAGAAAACAUAUCCAACAAUGUCCAACAGCUUCUGCUCUCAGAGGCACUGGUGGCCAACAAGAAAGCCACUAAGCGAAACAGUGGAGGAAGCAACAGCAGUUCUGGAAGCGCAGCAUCAUCCAAAAAGGGCGAGGAGUACAAAAGUUCAUACCCAGAAAGUGUCGUAAGUGGCGGCCCUAUGCAGGACCUCUACUCUACUGUACAGCAUCAGCCAAUACCUAUGGAACUACAUGAGGGAGGUUACUCCAGCAGUAGCGAUGAGCCAUUGGAGAGGGCCUACUACCAUGGAAGCCAGGGCAGGAGUCCAGCUCAGCCUACUAGCACCCAUCUUAAUGUGGACACAAUUUCUUCCUGUUCUAUGACAUCUCCAGAUGAUGUGUCCACAAGGUCUGGAGACUCAGGUUUGCACAACUUUACUCCUGACCCAAUUCGAUGUCAGUUGGUGCAAGGGGGAGAUACUACUCCGGGGAAGAGUGUUGGCGAUGAGAGGUCUCCAAUAAGCGUUACUAUAUCCAGUCCGAUGAAACAUGACAAUGACUCAUCUUUAGAUGUACAGCAUAUCAAUGAGCCUGUUAAGGAAAACUUUGAGGAAUCUGCCUGGACAGAGAAGUCAGCAGAUGCAGAGACUAAAGAACAAACAAUUGAUUAUGAAGGAGAUGUUGAUGAAGCCAAUACUAUAGAGAAAGACGAGAAAUUGUCAGAUGAUGACCAAUUCCACUACAGCGAAGUAAACAAAGAGGGGGGAGAAAAGGACUUUUGCUAUGGCGAUACUUUGUACGAAAAGGUCCAGAGAAAAUACGACCCAGAUUUACUUGAGCAGUCUCCAGCCGCUUGCUCAGAUUCCAGCCACAAUUUUGGCCAAGAGAUGAAAGAAGACGCAUACAAAUCAGAAUCUUCAGUUGCUUCUGAGAGUUCCUUGAAAACAUUGCCGUUUAUUCCUUCCAGUGACCUUGAACAGGAUCAAUACUCCACUAAAAAGGAGGAUAGCUCAGACGCCCCUCAAAUUGAGGCCUUUGAAAAGAAAAAAUCCAACAUGACCGAGAGCAGAGAAUUAAUUGAGGAAGAUGAACGGGAGGCGGAAACAGAUGAACAAGAAAAAGAGUUAGAGGAACAAAUGCAACAGCCUCGGUCACCUGCUCUAGCUGAUAAAGUGACAAAGGAACUGGAGGAGGAGGAUGACAUUAGCCAGUCUUCGACUUGUGAGCACAUAAAUAAUAGACAAGGGUUUGAGAAACCUGCGGCCGACCUUUGCAACAGGAAAGAGAAUCAAAGGGCUGAGCUCCAUAGCGACAACGAGCUUGCAGGAGUACCUGCUCAUCCGAAUGUAGCAACAGCAGCCCCAGAUGCUUCUUCAAGAGAAUCAGCCAUCGGUGACACAGCUCCGCAGCCCCAAUCUGCUAUGCCAGUCUUCUCAGCCCUCAACGAUAAAACAACAGCAACUCCAGCUCAGUCCAGGGAUCACAUUGAUCACAGUGACGCCAAAGUGCUGGAGCCAGACUCUCCUCAGCUGCCAGGAAAGUCAAUACUUCCCUCAGCCCCUUCUUGGGCAGACACACCACCUUCUCCAAAGAAAGGUGAUGAGGACAUGGAGCCGGGCAUCAGCUGUUCCAGUGCCGUGACCCCAUUUGCCAAGCCAGAGCCCAUGGCCCCAUCUGCUCAACCGAGGGCAUUUGGACGUAAGCAUGCAAGGGGGAGAAGGAGAAUGAUACAUUCAGCUGCGGCAAUCAGGCGGCAGCUAAACUUGGAAAGAGAUGAGGAAAAAGAGGAAGACCCUUUGGCUUUGCAGAAACCCUGCAGGCUUCCCAGCAAACCGAUGUUAUUCUCAGAUCAAACAGACCUCACCCAUCAGGAAUCAAUAGUGAGCCAGACACCCAAAAUGCUACCUGAAGGUUUUACUUCCAGAAUGUGUACACGAUCAUUCAAUGCAGCUGACCUACCAUCCAAAGUAGGGGCUCAAUUGAAGAGGAAAGCAAGCCCAAAACCUGGGCCCAAACCAGAACAAAAAAAUGGAUCUAAACCAGGUCCUAAACCUAGUCUAAAGCCUGGACCUAAGCCUGGGCCAAAACCAGGACCUAAACCAGGACCAAAGGCUGUGUCAUGCACGGCAGAUCCACCAGAGACUACAGGGAAACGAAAACCAGGGCCAAAGCCUAGUUUAAAGCUUGGAUCGAAACCUGGCCCCAAACCGGUUUCUAAACCGUGUCCAAAACCAGGACCAAAGCCUGUACUCAAGUCUGCAGAUGUUUUGCCACCUGCUGAAAACCUAUCUGUCAAAGCCCCCACUGGUUGUCCCAAAGGUUCAAUUUCUAAAGCAAAGCAGUUACAACAGGAAGAUAUAAGUCAUUAUUUAAAAGAACCACAAGUCAGGGGAAAGAAAAACAUCAAGCCUACGGUAUCACAAAUACACCAGGAAGAAAAUUCCCCAAAUUACAUUAAAGCACAAGAAAAUGAAAACAAGAACAUGAUCUUGAGGUCAAGGAAGCCCUUACAGGCAACAUCAUUGAAAGUGAAGGAAAAAAUCAUAGACAAAAAAAGUCUAACCCCAGUGGUAACAGAAAUUGAAAAUGUCGAUAUUUGUCUGAAACGAGGGGAAUGUUUAAGUGUGCAACAAACUCCAGAUAUUGUCAGAAAGAUAGAUCCAACUCCAGAAGAACACACCCAAUCAGUUCUAUGUGAAAAUAAAGAAGAAAUUACAAAAUGUCAGUCAUCCAUGGACAUUUCAACCAUACCUGUAAAGAAGAAAAGGGGUCCAAAGCCUAAACCAAAACAACUGCAACUUCAAACAGCGCUGGUGGAACAAGUUGUCUCCACACUUAAAGAGGAGGAUGUUCAAGGGCCCCCAAAAAAGAGAAGACCACCCACAAAGGAAUCCGAGGUGCACCACCCACCCAAAGACAUCCCCCCUAAUGUCAAUGAAGCUGAUACUAAUGACGUGCCUGUAGUGGCUCAACAAUGCCCAACUAAAACAAAAGUUCUACCUCCACGGAAAGGCCGAGGACAGAAAUAUGAGGCGAUGGUGCAGAAAAUCACAUCGCCUAGCUCAAAGAAAUACCUCCAAACUUCACAGAUCGAAAUCAAUCUCAUUGACGAGGCAACAACAAAGGACUUUGCGUUCCAGAGUUUUAAAGAGGGGGAGACUUGCAUUCCUGUUAAUGGGACUGAAAUGAUGGAAAGUGAAGAGAAAAGCAGACAAGAACCCCUGAAACUUCUAGAAGGGGCCCAGAAAAAAGAGGUCAAACAAGAGACUGAGAAACAGGAAAUGAGUCAAGAUGCAUCAUUACCAGACAAGUUGAGUGACACAGUAGUUGAGGAGGCUAUUACUAGUAAUGAGACAAUACAAGAAAACCAUAAACAAGGGACAGUGCAGAAUAUCAGAAGCCAAAUGGAGGCUCAAGUAGAUCUCGGCCGUCGAGAAGAAUGGACCCAACAGGCACAAGCACUUCUAUCUGCAGAUGUAUCUAUGACUAAGUCCCCCAAAAGGAAGCGAUGGGCAAUGGUGGAAAGUACAGACGCUUCGGUUGUUGCUUUGGAAGCAGACAACCUAAUAAUCACCACACCAAGACUUGCCAAGCAGAAAGCCAUCAAAAACAACCACGAGAUGCACCUAAAGCAAAAGAGGAAGCAAAAAGGUCCUCUUCCACCAGAAGAAACCAAGGCAGCCAAGGAGAUCAAAGUUGAAACUGUAGAGGAGGCUGUAGAGGAGGCGAUAGCAUACUCAGAGUCCACACUGCCAUUUAGUCCUAAUGAUAUCAAAGAAUGCCCCGACAUUGGCAGCACAGAUGUCGUUCAGAAAUCCAGAAGAGGGAGAAAGCCAUUCAAAAAUCCAGCUAAUCAGAAGCGGGGAAAAGCCUCAUCUGAGAAGAUUUCUGACAAGCCGGUGAAAGUCUACAAAAAGCCUGGGCCAAAACCCGGAAUGAAGGAUGCUUUGGAGGUCAUUGAGGCGGUGGUAAGGGCUGCUGGGUGUGAACAUGCUCAAAAAGAGGAAAAGGGACAACAUGAGAACGAAGUCGGAAUGUGUGAAGCAAAGGACAAUGACUCUCUACCAAGUCCAGUGGUGACGAUAUCAGAGACACAGAGUGAAGCUAUUUUUGUGAAGAGAAUCCGAAACAAGCCAAUUCAGCAACACCCUAUGUCUUUCUGUCCUUAUGUGCGGAUCAACAACUCCAGAGACUUUUCCUCUUGGUGUGCCAUAGUCAACAAGCCUGAAGAGGCACAGGUUUUUCAGAGGCGUCGAAAAAAGGGGAUUCUCCGAAUGAGGAAUCCUUACACAGUUGCAAAGAUAUCGCCGCACACAGCUGCCAUGCUGCAAGGACCCUCGGUCAAUACAUAUCUUAGUGGUAGGCAUCUUACAUGCUGCCUGUGUGGAAAGCCGGCAAACUACAGAGAUCUGGGCGAUUUGUGUGGCCCGUAUUACUCAGAAGAUGAAGUUCCUCGGAAAACGUUGACCAAAGAACCCGUCAAGAAAAUUCCAGAGAACCACGAAGAAGUUAGCGCUGGUGAAGAACCAGGCUCUUCCUCACAGACCGAAGAGAAAGAAGGCAACACAGAGGAAUCACCACAAGAAAGUAGUAGCAACAGGCAUCGUCACUGGUCGUACAGACGAGCCGGAAAAAGAGAAGGAACAUGUCGGGAGGGUGUUCCUCGAAGAAUAACACUCAGAGAGAGGCUAAGGAGGAUGAAGCAGCUCCAGGCUGGCCUUUCCAACGUUCAAGAGGGCUCGUUCCAAAGGCUCCAACAGGAAGCAGAGGCACGGGAGCACUGGGCGCAUGAAAACUGUGCUAUCUGGACCAAGGGGGUGAUUAUGGUGUCUGGGAGGUUAUACGGACUCAAAGAGGCUGCCAAUAACUCUACACUAACGAACUGCUACAAGUGCCAGAUUGCAGGGGCGUCCCUCAGUUGCUGUUGGAGGAGCUGCUCUCGUAAAUACCACUAUGCCUGCGCCAAAGAGACAGGUUGCACAUUCCAUGAAGACGACUUCUCCAUCAAAUGUCCCAAACAUGAGGAUUUGUAAGACCUCCCAGUGGACCACCAGGGACCUUCUCACAAGCCGGUUCAACGCUGUCCCAACAGCCAUCUAAUCUUAUUUUUUAAAGAACGGCUGUGACGAAGAGACUCGCGCUCUGGGGUGGCCCCCCCCACUGAAGUACAGGUACUCUGGAGAGCGUUCUGGACCGGACCCCCAGGAAGGAGAAGUGGGACGCACUUGUGGCGAAGAAGAGCAUCAUCGGGCUGUUUUGAAAUGCAGAGUGAGGAGCGUGUGCUCGCUAUCGUAGUCUCACACCUGGCUGACAGGGACUGGACGGCCGCAUCCAUCUGUCCACCUUGUCUGCAGGCCAAGAGACGUGUGUGUGUGUGUGUGUGUGUGUGUGUGUGUGUGUGUGUGUGUGUGUGUGUGUGUUCUUG